AUGAAAGAUUAAGGCAGAUACAGUAAAUUAAGUGAGGAAGAAGCAGCUGCUUAAUUUGAAUUAAGGUACUGAUUGUGAUUUACUUAAGAAAAUAAUAAAUAAUGAAUAAUUUACUUGAAUAAUACGAGAGUAGUUAAAAAAAUAAAAAAUCAUCUAAAAUAUAGAAACCAUAAAUAAAUAAAUAAGAAUUCAUAGUGUAAAACCCAAAUAAAUAAUAAUUAAAAAUUCCAAAGUAAGAAUCUAAAAAAUUAAAAAUUGUAAAAGAAGAAUCUCCUCAAUAGAAUUCUAAUGCUUCUCCAGAAUUAGAUAUUGAAUAAAUAGAAUAAAUAUAAUAAAUAGAAUAGCCAACUCCAAUUGUAUAAUCACUUUCUAUUGUUUAAAGUGAUAGUGCCAAUUUAAAGAAAAUUUGGUUGAAAGAUAUUGGUAAUAUAGAUUUAGAAAUACAAAGAUUAACAAGAGAAACAAAAACUUUUGAAAUGGAUAAAUUAGUAAAUAAAUCAUAGUUUUCUAAUUAAUCUUCAGUUAUUAAAGAUGUUGUUUCAAGAAAAAACCCUAGAUCAAAUUCAUCAUAACAAUAGUAAUAAUCAAAAGUGUAUUAUGAAUUAAGAUAAAGAUAAUCAAGUAAGGAAUCACAUAUAUCUGAUUCAUCUUACACAAAAAAAGCUGAAUGUUUCAAAGGAGUUGUAAAAAGUUCAAGCUUAAAAAAGUUAUGUUAAUAACAAUAAUAAUAAUAAUAAUAAUAAUAAUAAUAAUAAUAAUAACAAUAAUAAUAAUAAAAUUAAAAUUACAAUUUUUCUUAAAAAAAACAUUCAUCCGAAAAAAAAAUAUAUCAUUCUGUUAACAAAACUGUAACAGUAGAAUCAGAAAAUAAAGAAUCAAUAACAACAAUAAAUAAGAUUGCAUAAAGUGAACGCAAAAUUCCUAAAUCAAUUAUUUAAAUUAAUAGAAACUCAUCAAAAUAAGAUUCUCCUUUUAUUCAGAAAAAAUCAACUUCAAUUAAGACUAUGUUGAAAGUUCAAUUUAAUUCAAUUCCGGUUCAAUCUAAUUCUACUAAAAAUAAUAGCUCAUCUUAUGUAAAAGAUAAUAACUUAUAUAAGUUUCAUCAACACAAAGAAUCUUACAAUAGUUAAAAUAGUUUAUAAAAAAAUAAAUGUGUUGAAGCAUAAAUAGAAGAGGCUGUUUAAUUAUAUAACAAUCUAAAAUUCUUAAUGUAAAACAAAUCUAAUGUUUUAUAAAUUAGAAAAGAUGGAAAUUAGAUGCCAAGAAAGACUUUUGACUUUUUUGUAAUAAUUUUUAAUUUAUUAUAUAGUAACUUAAAGAAAUACCUAAGACAACUCAAUUUUGA